AUGAAAACAGGAAUGGCUACUCUGAUUAUGGCUUCUUCAGUCAUUGAAAAAGAAAGACAAAAGUUAGUUAAAAUUCUGCAGGAGGAUCCUGAUUCUAUGUUAGAUACGUUAACUUCUCGGAACCUAAUUUCUGAAGAGGAAUAUGAGAUCUUGGAGACUAUCACAGACCCACUGAAAAAAAGUAGGAAGAUGUUAAUUCUGAUACAGAAAAAAGGAGAGAGAAGUUGUCAACAAUUCCUGGAGUAUUUACAUAGUACUUUUCCGGACUCAGAAACCAAUUGGUGGUCUGCUCUUGAAUUUAUUAAACAAGAAAAAGAACAUGAGAAAGCAGAAGCUCCUCUAUUCGUGGAAGAGAACAAGAAUUCAGAAAUUACUCUGCUCACGGAAAAGAAAGAGUUCAAAAAUACUGAUGCUCUUAUGUCUAUAGAAGAGAGCCAAGAUCUAAAAAUUAAUAGGCCUGCAGGGAACAAAGGAGCUAAUAAUUCACCAGUCACUGGGACCUCCAUGGAGGAGGAAGAGGAAGGAGAUGAACUGGAAGACACAGAGGAUGGAGACUCCUAUGAAAAUCCAGAAGCUAUUGUGUACUUAGGGGAAGAAUGGGAAGAUGAGAGUCCAGAUACUGAUUUAUACUUAGAAAAAGAGGAUUAUUUAGAACGUGAGGCAUAUUUUGAACAUUCAGGAUCAUCAGAGGAAGAGGAAGUCUAUGUGGAUCUGGAAAACACUGAGUACUAUGGGGAAAAUGACAUGAUUGAGUACUUGGAUAGUGAACAGAGCUUUGAAAAUUUAGAGGCUGAAGAGUAUCUGGAGUUGGAUGAAGCAGAUUUGGAAGAGAGAAGAAAAACAUUCAGAGAAAUCCUGUCAUAUUUGGAAAUGGACAGGAAUAAGAAGCUUCUACCAAGUUUUGUUCAUCAGUUCCGCUUGGACCAUGGAUGGCAUUGGAUCCCUCAGACGUCAGCAGACUUAGCCUGGAAUUUCCUACUAAAAAUUCAGUCCUUAGAUUUGACUGCCAGAGAUACAAUCCUUGGCCAAAGGAAUGCAGAUGAGGAUGGCAAAGAGGAGUUGAUCAUUAAGGUAGAAAAUAUGGCUCUUAGAGACAAAGAUACCAUUAAUCCAUUGGAUGUUCUCUGUGCCAUCAUGCUUUGUUCAGACAUCUCCUUGCAGCAGGAGGUCUUGGGGAACAUGUUUAAGUGCCACUUUGCUCUUCCUUUGCUGCUACCAGAUGCAGAGAACAAUAAGUGCAUUUUGAUGAUGGGGGCCAUGAAGAAAAUUGUACUAAAGGACUUAGUACAUUCCCUAGGAGAUGCUGCUGAGCUUGGUGUAAAGUCCUUAGUGUUUAUGAAAAUGCCCCUUAUCUCUUUUGUUCGACUGGGGUGCUGUGAUUCAUCUAAAUCCAGGAUCCUUAAUGCAAUGCUCAGCCUUCCCCAAGAGCAGCCUUCUAACAUCUUUCUCUAUCGAGACUCCCAUACCUCAUUACUUCCUCGGCAAAUUUCUGAUGGUUUGGUAGAGAUUACUUGGUGUUUCCCCAACAGUGGCACUGGUAAGGAAAAUCCUGACUUUUUCCAAGAGCCUGUGGCUGUGGCCAAUCUUAGGGGAGAUCUGGAGUGCUUCUGGAUGCAGUUUGGCUUUUUAAUGGAAGUCUCUUCUGCUGUGUUCAUUUUUACUGACUGUCCAGGUGAAAGGGAAUGGGACCUCCUGGCAUUUCUAGGAGAAUCUGCUAAGGAAAGAUGCUACUUCAUUCUCAGUCCCCAGUCUAGGGAAAGUGAGGAAGCCCAAUUAUUCCAGAGAGUUCUGAAACUAAAGCCAUCACAACUGCUGCUUCUAGAGGAGAGUGAAAUGGGGGAUAGAGGAAAGGAUGUAGAGGGCCUCCGAAUAGCCCUGAAAGAGGUGAUGUCCUCUCCUCUCAGACAUGUGUCAGUAGAAGAUAUGGCAUCCUUGGCCAGAGAGUUGGGAAUCCAAGUUGAUCAGGACUGUGAGAAAAUCCAAGGUGUCCAAGGUACCCUUAGUGAAGCCAUACCUGAAGCAGGUGAGGUUGAAGUACCCCAGAGCCAUACCCUUUUCACAGAUCUAUCAGGAAGCCAGUGUGAAAUGCCUACAGAAGAGAGUGGGAUUUUUAGCAGAGUCCACUGCCCACCUCAUACUUUCCAUCAUCCUACAUCAUUUAGCUCUGACCCAUGGGGCUGGUGGAGACACCCACAGACCAUAAUUAAGGGUAAUCCUUACCGGCCCCCUCUGAGACCUCACAGGACCACAAAUCCUAAUGUGAGGGCAGGGUUUAGUCCCAGAUGGUUUGGCUCUAUGGCCUUUCACAAUAGAAGCACCAAUAUACGAGGCAGAAGUCCUGGCAGAGGGGCUUUUCAACCCCAGAGAAUUCAUCAAGCUGCAGCAUUAGUAAAAUCUUCUAGAUCUCCCCAAGUAUAUCAUUUGGCAAGACCACCCAAACCAGUUUCUCAAACCGUACAGGCCCCAUGCCAGGGAUCUCAGUCAAAAAUUUUAAGAGCCCGCAUAUUCGCUUCUCAGGCAGGUCAUUUGCAAACCAUAAAACCACAAGCGGCAGGAACAUCUAUUCAAUCUAUGAAUCAAGUUUUUAAUUUAAUAGAUUCCAGGAACUCAGGAUUCCAACUUAUAGGAAUGACCAAGAAACCCAUCAGAGAAGUAUCAAAGUCAAGACAGGAUCAGAUUGAAGAACAGUCUACAGAAACAUUUAGGAGGCCAGACUCCCAAUCACGGGGAGCAAAAUUAAAAAGAACAUUUGGGACCCAGAAAUCUCAGCAAUCAGGAGUAACAGGGCAGACAACGAAAUCAUCCUGUCAGAUAGGAAGCUUCAUGCCCCAGCAACCUCAAACAGCCAGAGCAACUGGGAGGCCCAUAAGACCUGCCUGUCAUCCAGGAGCAAGUAAACAGCAUCAGGGCCAGAUCUCAAAACCUGCUUCUCAAACAAGACAGUCAAACAAUUAUAGUAGUAAACCCCCACCCAAGUCUCAGUUCAAGCCUCCUCACAAUAAGCCAUCCUAUUCCACAGGAGGAGCCAAGAGGAGAGGAACAUAAUUCAAUACUUCUUAGUCUAGUGAGUCUAAUAACUGAGGCAGGUAAGCAGUGCAUUGGAUUGAGUGCUGGACCUAGAGUCAGGAAAACCUGAAUUAAAAUCUGUUUCAGAUAUUUACUUACUGCGAGAACUGGGAUUUAACCUCUGCCUCAGUUUUCUCAGUUGUAAAAUGGAAAUAAUACUAGAAGUUACAUUCCAGGAUUAUUUUGGGAGUAUAAAUUGUGAUACUAUUUGUAAAGGUCUUUAUAAACCUUAAAAUACCAUAUGAAUGCUAGAUAUUGUUAUUGUUGAUUAUAAACUAAGUCUCCUUAAUUCUUACUCUGUAUCUCAUAUAACCAUUCACUUGCCAGAUUGAUGUGCCACUUGAUCUUUUUGAUUAUUUCUCCAUUGCUAGAGAUCCUUAAAUAGCUAACUCUUGCCCAAGGAAUAAAUUAAAAUUCCCAAGACUCUCUAUAAUUUGGCUCUAAUUUAUUUUUUGGACUAUGAGGAUAAGGGGCUUGGAUUUAAGGAGCCCAUUUUUUUUAUUUUCUCCAGGAUAAAGGCAGUCCUGGCAUUAGGGUACUUGCAACCUUAUAGUAUCAGGAUAGAGUAGAUUUUUAGGCUCAGAUUAUUAAUAGGAAAGAUCCCACAGGGUAUGGAAACAAAGGCAUUUUUCUAAUAUUCCAGGAUUCUUUUCCAUUCCAUAAAUAUUUCUUAAAUGACUGCUAUCUUUAUAUUCCUGUGUUAGGAAUUAGGGACAUUAGUUCUAUAUAUUAGUACAGUACCUGAUAUGUUAAUAAAUACUUAUUGUUUUUUUUAAAUAUGAAAUAUACAUAUAUAUUUGUAAUAAGUUUAUUUUUAAUACACAUUGCUUUAUGAAUCAUGUUGGGUGGGUAAAAUCAGAAUGAAAGGGAAAAACCAAAGGAGGGAUUUAAAAAAAACUUUAGAAAAAAGAAGUGAAUAUAGCAUGAGUUGAUUUACAUUCAGUCUCCUUAGUCUUUUUCUGGAUGCAGAUGGCAUUUUCUGUCUAAGAUUGAUGGAUUUUUAAUCUAAUUGAUUGUGAAAGGAAGGAAAAAUAUAUGAUAAUAGCUUGAAGGAAUGUUUGAGUUAAAAGAAGGUCUUUUAAGGUUGAAAGAGAUCUAAGGUAUGUUUACUGCUAGUGUAGAAGAAACCAGAAGAUAAAAGAUUGAUGAUUAAAGAGAACAGGGAUGAGAUUAUGAGCCUAAGUAGAAGGGUUAUCUAGGUAAGAAGGGCUAUUUCAUCUCCAGAGAACGGGGAAAAGGAUGAAAGAAUAAGAAACAAUGGGGGUGUGAUAGGGUAUAGAAAAAGUUCACGUUAAAUAAACUUAAUUUUCUCAGUGAAAUAGGAGAUGAGGUCCUUUGCUGAGAAUGCAGUGGUAGAAUAAGAGAAUAUUAUUUUAGGUCAUCAUACUUGAUAGAAAGUCAGUGAGGAGGAAUGUGACAUGUUGGUGAAGUGUGGGGAAAAAGCAGGACUGGGAAAACAACAUCUCCAAUGAUUAUAAUACUAAAUGGAAACACAGUAGAAAAACUGAAACCAAGUACUGUGUAAUUACAAUAAGCAAACUUUACCUGGAAGAAAAGAUGAAAAAAAAAUGUACUUGCCCUUUCUUUGCUGAAGUGGGGGCACUAUGGGAAAAUGGGGGAAUGGAAACAUGAAACAUAAAACAUGAAAAAAUAUAGUUAGGAGGAAUGAAGAUAAAAAUUUUUUAAAUUUAAUAUUUUAAUAUUGGGUAAAUUAUAUCAAUAAUCAAUGUUUGCAUAUAAAUUCCCAUCUCUAUAUCAUUAGAGGACAAGAUAUAAUCAAUGCAUAACUGGAAAAACUUAAGGAAAUAAAUAUAUCUUGUACCCAAAAUUUCAUCAGUGUGGUAUUGCCUAAAUCAAAUUGUUUUCAGUUUUCUAAUUCUUUAUGAUUUUUCAUGGCAUUUAAUAUUUCUGUUAAAGACUUUCCUUUAAUUGUUUUAUAUUUCUAGGGGUUAACAAUAUACUACUUAAUGUAUAAUUGUUCAUCAGUUAUUUCAUUAUGACUAUAUGAUUAACUUUACUAAUUUUCUACUUUUUUUUCCAUGUAAUUUCUUAACUGUCUAUUUUUUCAUAAGCAGUUCUACUUGGUUUUGAUUCCAUGGAGUAUCAUACUCCCCAUACAGGGUACCCUCUGAUAGUUCCCUUAUCUCUCGUCAGCUUUCUUUUGUGUGUUAUCUUCUCUCGUGAGAUUUCAAACUCUGAAAGGCAGGGAUUGUCUUUUUUUCCUUUUUUCUAUAUCCAGUUCUUAGUAUUAUAUCUGGCACAUAGUAGGUGCUUAGUAUAUAUUAUUGAAUUGAAUCCUUGGUAAGUUCUUGCAGUCUACCUUUACCCACUGGUGUUAUUCCACAGUCUCUUCUAUUUGUAAUUUAAAAGAUUGUUUUAAUUUUGUGUUUGUAAUUUUAAAAGGUUGUUUCAUCUAAAUUUUGGGUAGGAUUAUCUGGAGCUAUAAUUCCAUUUCUAUGACUUUCUCUGUUUCUGCUCAGGGAGGUUAAGUAUUUAAAUUGUCUAGAUCCAUCUGAUCAGUCAUACUAUCGAUAUAAAUGAUGAUGGAUAUGGCUUUGGGGAAAUUUGGGAAAACUUGUAUGAACUGAUACAGAAUGGAGUUAAAAAACAACUGGGCGAUCAAUUUAUAUAAUGAAAACAAUAUUAUAAAAUUAAACAGCUUUGAAAGCCCUCUCUUCAAGGUAUUCUUUAAAGCCCUAUUAGAAGUCUUUUUAUAUUGCCAUUUCUACCUGUUUAACUCUGCGUCUACUCAAUAAGUUACUGUUUUCUACUAUCCAACCAUUUUUGGAUUAGUCUGUAUUUACACUAGGAAGAAUAAAGAAUAAAAUAACCUUUGAAGCCAA